AUGAGUGCCGGGAAGGAGGAGAUAGGCGUUCAGGCCCUGGGGAAGAAGCAGGUGUGGGCAGAGCAGGGGGGGACCCUGAAAAAGAUGGAAACGGUGGGAAGUUCUGAACUGGGAAAGAGGGAUCCCAACAAGCCGGUCCCCCAGGACACCAAGUUCAUUCACACCAAGGCCAACCGCUUUGAGGAAGUGGCCUGGUCCAAAUACAAUCCCCGAGACCAGCUCUACCUUCACAUCGGGCUGAAACCAAGGGUCCGAGAUCAUUACCGGGCCACUAAAGUGGCCUUUUGGAAACAUUUGGUGCCCCACCUAUACAACCUGCAUGACAUGUUCCACUAUACGUCCACCACCACCAAAGUGCCGCCUCCGGAUACCACCCACAGCUCCCACAUCACCCGCAGGCCCAAUGGCAAGACCUGGAGCACCAAGCGGCCAGCCAUCUCACCUGCCUACAGCAACGAGAAUGCCCAGGGGUCCUGGAACGGGGACCAGGAUGCAGGGCCACUCCUGGUGGAGAACCCUCGUGACUACUCCACUGAAUUAAGUGUCACCAUCGCCGUGGGGGCCUCCCUCCUGUUCCUUAACGUUCUGGCCUUCGCUGCCCUCUACUACCGUAAGGACAAACGGCGCCAGGAACCCCUGCGGCAGCCUAGCCCUCAGCGGGGAGCCGGGGCCCCAGAAUUGGGAGCUGCUCCAGAGGAGGAGCUGGCAGCGUUACAACUGGGCCCCACCCACCACGAGUGUGAGGCCGGUCCCCCCCAUGACACGCUGCGCCUCACUGCGUUGCCCGACUACACCCUGACCCUGCGGCGCUCCCCAGAUGACAUCCCACUCAUGACCCCCAACACCAUCACUAUGAUCCCCAACUCCCUGGUAGGGCUGCAGACAUUGCACCCCUAUAACACCUUUGCUGCAGGGUUCAACAGUACCGGGCUACCCCACUCACACUCCACUACCCGGGUAUAGCUCCAGCUCAGAGCACAGCCAAUCUCCCGGCUCCCUCCCUCCCAGAUCCAGGAACACAUGCACACACACACACACACACACACACACAUGCAGACACACACACGCACACACAUAUAUGUAUACGCACGCACCCACACCCUCCAGCAGACCCACCCGCACAAACAUAGACAGAUGUGGACAUGCACCCGCAUGUACAAAAACACAAAUACGGAAGUAAACCUGAACAAACCCUUUAAAUGGGGACGCAGAUGAGUCCUUGGGAAACUGAGGACCCAUGAAACAGCAGCUGAAGCCAGCUCCCUGAGCCUGACCAC